AUGUCGUCAACUCUUUGUCGCUUUCUUGUCCUGUUCAUGCUCUUGAAUGUAGUGCUCGCACACUACUAUUGGUUCGAAACACCUGGAACGUUGAAGUUCAAUGAUGAGGCUGAUAUGCCCAUGAAUGAUGAGCCCCUUCAGAUGCAAAAACGAUUCCGAGUCAAAUAUCUGCGGAACAUGAAUCGUUUGAAUCCUGGUAAUUUCUGA